CUCCUAACUUUGCAACCAAAGCCCUCUUCUUCCUCCUCCUCCCACUCCAUAAACUGCAAAUGGGUCGUCUCAUACUCUUGUUGUCACUCUCAUUGAGUCUCUGUCUGUUCCCAUAUUCCACUUCUGCUCAACUGAGCAAAAACCAUUAUGCCAAGACCUGUCCCAAUCUCGAGAGCAUCGUGAGAACAGUUGUACGAAACAAGUUUCAGCAGACAUUUGUUACAGUCCCCGCCACCCUUCGUCUCUUCUUCCACGAUUGCUUUGUCCAGGGUUGUGAUGCCUCGGUAUUGGUAGCAUCGACAGGGAACAACAAAGCAGAGAAGGAUCAUCCUGACAAUCUGUCACUGGCGGGUGAUGGGUUUGACACAGUGAUCAAGGCAAAAGCGGCAGUGGAUGCUGUUCCUCAGUGCAGAAACAAAGUCUCUUGUGCUGAUAUUUUGGCUCUGGCUACACGUGAAGUGGUCUCACUGGCUGGAGGACCAUUCUAUGAAGUUGAAUUGGGAAGAUUUGAUGGGCUUGUCUCCAGGGCUUCCGAUGUGAACGGCAGGCUGCCUCAGCCUAACUUCAAUCUGAACCAGCUCAAUUCACUCUUUGCCUCUCACGGCCUCACCCAAACCGACAUGAUUGCCCUGUCAGGAGCACACACCCUUGGAUUCUCGCAUUGCAACAGGUUCUCCAACAGAAUCUACAGCUUCAGCCCAAAGAGCCUAGUGGAUCCUACGUUGAACAGACAGUACGCGAGCCAGCUCCAAGGGAUGUGUCCGAGGAACGUGGAUCCAAGGAUAGCCAUCAACAUGGACCCCACCACCCCGCGAACAUUUGACAAUGUCUAUUACAAGAAUCUGCAGCAAGGGAAAGGCCUCUUCACCUCCGACCAAAUCCUCUUCUCCGACCCAAGGUCCAGGUCUACCGUCAAUUCUUUUGCCUCCAAUAAGAAUGUCUUCAACGCCAAUUUCGCCGCUGCCAUGACCAAGCUGGGUCGCGUCGGAGUCAAGACAGCAAGGAACGGCAAAAUUCGUGCCGAUUGCUCUGUGCUCUGAUUCUCCAGAAACAAACUGGACAGGAUUUCACGUGGGAGCGUCACUUGAGAACGACGAUGCAACGGCAAACACAUUUGUUUUUUAAUAAAACUUGCUCAAGAAUAAUAAAUAAAGAAAAUGGACGAAUCUUUCGUUGUACAUGUGGAGUUCUGAUGUUUAAUUUAGAUUUUAUUUGUAUAUUUUAAGACGUUUCCUUCAGUCAUUGCCUUGAGAUCAAUCAGUGAAGCGGCACAUUUCUUUA